UGUGUCCGAAACCUUUCUGCUGACACCAUGGAUAACUUCCAGACGGUCCUGCGUUUCUUCAUGAACCAGAAAGCCACCAUUGGCUACAGUUUCAUGGCUCUCCUGACUAUAGGCGGAGAGCGAGUCUUCUCCAUGGUUUCCUUUCAGUGCCCUUGCAACCACAACCAGAACUUUGCCUAUGGGUUGACUUUCCUGCUGGGUCCGGCUGCAGUGCUGCUUGUUUUAGGUCUCUUCUUCAGCACCAGGUUGUGGAGGCUCUACACCGGCUGCUGCCUCAAUCCCAUGAAGCUGUGCCCCCGUGGGAACUGCUUUGGCUGCCUCAGGGUGUUUUUGAACAUCUUCAGCGGAGCCUGUGUGGCUCCGAUAAUGUGGCUUUGCGUGGCCCUGCUCAAUGGGACCUUUUAUGAGUGUGCCAUCAGUGGUCUCGAUGAAAACCUGGUGGUAGAUCUGUUCUGUAAAAACAAGACCGAGAAGUGUCGAGAGGAGCUUUCCCGAGUGCCAUGUGACCGGUCUAAGCUAUCCAGUGAUGAGCGCAUGGAGCUGCUGCUGAUGUUCAGGGCCCAGUCACAGAUCCUGGGCUGGUGCAUUAUUAUCAUCUCUGCCAUCGUUGGCCUCCUGGGUUCCUGCUACAGUAACUGUCGCUCCAAAGUCAGCUACCUGCAGCUCACUUUCUGGAAACGCUAUGUGGAGAAGGAGAAGGAGCGCUUUGAUUCCUAUGCUCUGGACUACGCCACCAAACUGGCCGAAAGAAACCUGCACAGCUUCUUUGAGAACAAGGAUCCUGAAGCGUUCCCUUUCCCCAACCACAAGGCAUGGGAGGAGAUCUCUGCAUACUACACCUUUUCCACAAGUGAACAGUAUUACAGCACCCUGCAGCGGUAUGUGGAGAGGACAGACAGGGACUACACACCAGAGAAGAGACCUGUAUUGGACUCAGAUUAUGGAAUAGAGAUGCACUGAGGAAAAAACAACUGUGAUGAGACACACUCAUCACUGUUGGUAUUUAAAUCUAAGUCUAUAAUAUGUGCAUGUUUGACUCAGGAGAAGCUGACCCAGGCUGUCUGCUCACUGACAAAGCUGUCCUUUCAGCAUGUCACUCCAAAGAAUGUGACCAUUACUAAGCACAUUAAUGGGUAUAACCACUAUUUUCCCUACCUCUGUAACACUGUAUGCAUUUGAGGUCUUUUAUAACUUUUAUUAUUAUUACUGCUUUUGACACUUUGGAUAUGCAAAGUAACUGAAUGACUAUAACUUAUAGUAACUUUAAGAAGUUGCAGUCAGGGCUGUAGCUAUGACUGAAAACACUGAGGUUAUGUCUUGUUAUUAUUUCUGAGAAAGGGUGUACGACUUUCAGUUCAGUAAUGGAUCAAGCACAUUUUAUAGGCGAGCUGUUGUUUUAUUGGAGCCAGUUAAAUAUUAAAUACAUUAUAAACCAAGCAAAAUGUAAUUUUACCCACAUAGCAGUAAUGGGCGCAGUAAUGUGCUGCCCACUGCUCCUUGUAUGGUGUGUUCACUUGUGUGUAAAAUAGGAUGGGUUGAAUGCAGAGGUUGAAUUUCCCCAUUGUGGGAUUAAUAAAGUAAUCUUCUUCUUCUUCUCAUAG